AUGUAUGCUCAGAGGCUCGGACUCACUAUCAAGCUCUACUAUGCUGAGCCUUGCUCUAUCAGUCGUUCUCUUCCCCACCCGUCCCACACCUGUCACCCAUUUAGGCGCUGUAAGGCGGCCGCACGGAAAGAGACAGAGGUGAGACAGAGAAAACACACUCUACUGCGUACGGAGUACAUUGGACGAGUUUCUGGGAGACUGGUAGACGUCCUGCUCCGGUGGGCUGUAACAUCGCUACGGAUACAGCCUACUGGGCUGGACUGGGCUGCAUCUGCGAGUGUGACUGUCAUGUCAUUGGGACUGCUGCUGCUGCUCUGCUACUACUCUAUCGUGUAUGUAGCCCCAAGACAAGACCCCAAAGCUGCUCGGCCGACUGAAUCGACCCGCAUCUACAGAGUUGCACUACUGCGUACCCGUACAUACCAGCCCCGGGCGGCUAUCGUCUGCGAGGAACCACCCACACCCAUGCCCCCGCAUGCAAGUCUGUCUCUGUCUCUGGUUCUGCCUCUAUCGUUGUCGCCGUCUCUUCUGUCUGCUGUACUGUGCUUGUCCUGCCUGUCCUGCCUAACCCCUCCUCCUGCUCUUCCUCGUCUCCUGCUCUCUUGGUCUCUCUUGCCCACAUCCAACUCUUUGGAAUAUCCCCAUUGCCACUUACACACCGCCCUCUACAACCUCAAUACUUUCACUUUCACAUUCCACACCUACCUCGAUUGUCCACAACUCCUCCUGGUCAUCCACUCGAUCAUGACGAGCCAGAACUACGUCGAACAAACCACUAUGCAUUCAGACGGAAUAUCAGACCCCAUGCCCAGCAGGCGCACCUCAGUGGCACAGCCUCCUACCACAAUCUACCCAGACCUCAGAAGCCCUCCAUUUGCUGUCACAACUUUCAACCAUCAGCCGCAACUCGGUGAAUCCCACAUGUUGACUCCAGUAUCUGGUGGCGGCUCGCCCUGCAUGCAACAAACAACAACUCUUCCCCAGUACCCAUCAGCGAUGGCUCCUAUGCAGCCCCAGUCCAGUCCUUCCGGAUCCUCCAGGAUGGCUUGGCAUAACACUGUUGCCAUGAGUGCUCCUCAGAGCCAGGUUGGCUCUCCGAUGGCCAUGAACCCUCCCACAACCGAGAGUCAUUUCGAGAUGAACUACAUCCAAGCAGAGCCUGAGCACGAACGCGAACCUCCUGAAGACUACUACUUUGGUAACUACACAGUUUCCGCGCAACCUCAAUCGGACCAGGGCUCCAUGUCCCCUCAGAUGCCACCCCACGGCUACUACAUGUCUCAACCUCAGCAGCAAAUGAUGCAGCCGCAGCCUAUCAUGAGCGAGCUGUCCAUGGGACAAAUUCCGCAUCCUUCGCAAGCCCAGGCACAGUACUAUGCCCAGCCGCCGACUCACACUUGGGUAGAGGACUCCGAUAUCACAUCCUUCAAGUCUGAAGCCACCAGAAGACGUUACAUGGGAUACGCCCUUCCAAGCACACAGAUACAACGCCCCGAGGUCGUUCGAGGACCUACCCGAGCCCGUCAAAACAACCAACAAGCAGCGGGCCGGUGCCAAAGAUCUCCUCGCGUUAGAGGUCGAGGGGAACAGUCCGAGGCAGAAUCAUCUGAAGAGCCGACCGCCGAUGACGAGAUGGCGCAUAUUGACUCGCUCCCUGAUGAAUUCGUCGUCAAGCCGGAAUGCCCUGAAGACGUCGCCUUCCUCUUCCAUCGUCAAAGGGACAUGAUUCUCUCAGGUAACAAGGGCACCGGAAUGUGGGAAGUCAUUGCGGGUGAGCACAGAGAGAGGUUCGGCAUGACAAGCUCUGCUGCACGUUUGCAAAUGCAGGUGACCAGAGGAAGAUCCAACUUUCUGGAGUGGUCACUCAGAGAUAGACAUAAACUCAAAAUGGCGUUCGAUCACGUCGAUGCUUACUAUUUCAAGAUGGUCCAUCGCAAGUUUAAGGAGCUCGGCGGCGGACAAACAACUGCGUGGGGCGCAAGCGACGUUGAGUACCUGGCAGUCGAGCGUGGCAUGGUAGAUUCUGGCUACACAGCCGAGCCUACUACUCAGCCGGGGAAGUCGCGGAGAACAAAGAAGCAGAAAACCCGCCUGAGAAACCUCGCCACGAGCAGCGCUGUCCUGCUUGACGACACAGUCGACUUACAGCAGAACCCAGAGCAGCGACAACAGAUACUCGAUGAAAUAUAUGAGUACCGCGGCGAGGAUCCCGAAGACGGUGUCGACGAAGAACCCAUAUUCAAGACGGUGGCCAGAGCUCGCCCACGCGGCCGCCAAGUAGAGAUCAAGAUGGAGGAGGAGAGCCCCGAGGAAGAGACGGCAUCCUCGUCCAGCAAGUCCAAGGGCAAGCAGCCUGUCAAGAAAAGAGCACCAGCAAAGCCUAGGGCCGUCAGAGCACGCAUGGCACCCAAGCCCAAGUUGGCCUGA